UUUGACGAUCCAAACCGCCCAAGCCGUUGCAGUGCCCAACAUCUCAGAUGCGUCUCUGAAGUCGUUUCGGGUCGUCUCCAUGGGAGGAUUACUCUCGGUCGCUGAGACCGGCCGUCCGGACGGCGAUGCCGAUGCCGAUGACGAUUCGAACCGGUCGCGAUGGUCGAACCGCGUCGAUUGUAAGCAGUUCCUGCGAGAAGCGAACGGCCGGCUCUCGGACUUCUACGAGCGAGAUCGCGAUCUCGGUGAGGGAGCUUAUGGUGAGGUCUUCCUGGCACGGCAGCGGAUUUGCGCCGGCGGGCAGAACGAGCGCGCGGGUCGCCUUUGUGCCGUGAAGAGAGUCAGGAAACCCAACGUGGCAGCCGGCUUGGAUGAGGAAGGCGCAGAUUCAGAGGAAGCAUUGGAGGAGUUCCGGGUGGAGGUGGAGUUAAUGAAAUCCUUGGACCAUCCUUCCAUUUGCCGCCUCUUGCAGGUCUACGAAGAUCCAAAAAAUUUGUAUUUGGUCAUGGAACAUAUUCAGGGCGGAGAACUCUUUGAGCACGUUGUUGAAUGUGGAAGCCUUUCUGAGCAUGAUGCCGCGCGCGUGGUCAGACAGGUUGCUUCAGCACUCUCUUAUUGCCAUGAACAUGGCGUCGUGCAUCGGGACAUCAAGCCCGAAAACAUCCUGGUGGUCACCGAAGAUGACCAGGAACCUGAGGUGACGGUCAAGCUCAUCGACUUUGGCUUUGGGAGUCGGAUCCUGGAAGGGGUGAAACUCCGGGCCAAGGUUGGAACCUUUGUGUAUAGCGCGCCUGAAAUCUUGAAGGGCCAAGCCUGUGACGAGAAGAUUGAUCUGUGGGCCUUGGGAUGCGUGUUGUUCGUGCUGCUCUCUGGUGAUUCCCCUUUUUAUGGAACGGAUUGCCAGGCCAGCAUCACCAAAGGCAGCUAUGAGAUGGAUGGGAAGUGGGAUCAGAUCUCGGAGGAUGCAAAGGACAUGAUCAGGAAACUUUUGCAGGUGGAGCCGUCGUGCCGUCUCUCAGCGAAAGAGGUACUAGAGCAUCCUUGGCUGCAGAAGGCUGCCCCACACAUCAAGCUAGAAGCAGCGGCCCUAAAACACAUUGGUGCUUUGGAAACGUUUCACAAGCAGAACUUUUUCCGUCACUUGGCGGCGGGUGUUCUUGCCAAGCAGCUGGAUGAAGGGGACCUGCAUGAGCUUCACAAGGCCUUUUGCGAGAUCGACCAGGAUGAGAAUGGGGUCGUCACCUUCUCUGAGUUCAAAGAUGUGCUAAGAGAUUUCAAUCUCAAUGAUCAAAGCCAUCCCGAGUUGCAGUUGGGCUCUGGCAAAGUGGCUGAGAUUUUCCAUAGCGUGGAUCUGGAUGGGCGCGGUGUGAUAGACUAUACAGAAUUUGUUGCAGCUUGCCUGGACCACAAGGUAGAGGAAGAGGAGGGAGUCUGUUGGGCAGCCUUCCAAGUCUUCGACAAGGACUGCAAUGGCACCGUUAGCUUCGAGGAGUUGGAGCAGGUGUUGAAUACUGCAAGCAUGGAAGAUACCUUCUCCCCCGAGCUUCGGCGUGAACUCUGGGAAGAGCUGACUGGGCGUGAUCAGAGUGCCGUGGACUUCGACCAUUUCCUGGCGGCACUUCGCGGCGUGCGCUGUGGCCAGCUAGAUGCUGCUUUCAAAUAGAGCCACUUCUUUUUCUUGCAGAUGCUCUUACGGUGGGUCCCAUAUAAUUAGAUCAGAUAGAUGCUUCAAUCAUAGAUGUCAUCACCCCAUAAGGAUCUAAAACCAAUGCCACUCGAUAUUCAGACAAAGCGAACCAGGAAUCCAAGAAUGACGGCAAAGAGGCGAGUGAGGCCGCUGCGUUGCCAGUGCAUCGUCGCCAGCAACGGGCUGUCACGUCAAUGGGGUUGCCGAUCAAGGCGCGAGGAGGUGAUGCGCUGCCCAUCCGUGGCCGUGCUGGAACCCUGCCCAUUGGCCGUGGUGGUGGCUUGCCGAUUGCCAGCAGACACUGAGAAGGAACAAGUUGAGAAUUGAAACGUUUCAUUUGAGCUGAUUUGAAGUUUACCUUGGCAGCGCUUGCCAGAAAAGGUGCG